AUGGUGUCACAUGCUAAAAGUAGUCGUUGUCCGCGAAAUUUCUUGAUUCAUCAUGCGCCACAAUUCGAUGUUAAAUUUGGCGAUGGGAAAAGUAACCGUAUUAGACAUUCUGCUGAAUGGCAAGGAUCAGAACAUAAAAGAAUUGAUGGUAUAAUACCUCAUGCAUCCGUACAGUAUGAUGUUGAACAUUAUGAUAAAAUUCUCAACAUAGAUCUUGAUGAAACAAUAACAUCAGUUGAGUGUGGUAGUGAAACAUCUCAAAGUUUAUUAUGUCAAUUUUCAAAUAAACAAGAUUUAGACAAAUUUGAAAGAUCUUUAAUCAUAGAUUCAACAAAAUUAGUUGGCCACUGCAAUAAUAAACAAAUGUUCUAUCGUUUAGUAAAAGAUUAUGAAACUGAUUUAACAAGAAAAACGCUUAAAAUAUAUACAAGGAGUUUAUCAUUAACAGAUUUGUUUAAAAAUGCCAAUGUUAAAUUUGAGACAAAUGCAGUUAAAAUCAUGGCUUCUGAUUUAAAAACUGAUGAAGUCGCGUCAUCACCGACGACAACAACAACAACAACGUCAACGGUACUUCGAAGAAAACGGUUUUUCUUGUCGUCUAUUGUGGAUGCUAUUGAAGAUGUUGUAACUGUAGCUGUAGCCGUUGUACAAACAGUUGUUCGUACAGUAGCACAAGCGGCAUUAGACGCACUUGGUCUAUCUAACAUAGACAUUAACCAACAAGAAACGUUUGGAAGUAAGUUAAAAUCAGCACGGAUUUGUUCAAUUAUCUAAGUCGUUGUUUAUAUCAAUACACUGUUGGUGUUGCUGUGUACUAUUUCUUGUUUAAUUGUAAGGUCCCGGAAAUUCGAACUUUCAGUAAAACAUUUCUUUUCUUUUUCUGUACAUGGUUGGAUAGAGCGCAUCGAGUUGGUAAAGAAAAUAUAUUUUUUAAUUUAAAAAAGAAGAGAGAAAAAUUCAAAAAACUCGAAGCAUCUAAAACUUCGAAAAUGGUUCAUUUUUAAAAAGAAUUCAAUUUCUCUGCUUCAUUCUUGUUUGAAUCUUCGAAACUAUUUUUUUCCGAUUUAGCAUCAAAAACUGAAUCUAGGAAACCAAGUUUCAGAUUUUUGGGACAAAAACUGAUUUCAGUGACCGUUAAUCAGGAAUAGAGGUCCGAAGUGCACCAGUCCAUUUUGUAAACCUAUCUAGUUUUUCACUUAAAACAUGAAAUCAUCAUUCUCAUGUCAACAGAACCGCCACAAGAUAACC